AUGCCCCUCGUCCCAGCGUUCUCACCCUUUGUUUGUGCUCUCGCCAUGGCUUCAGAGGUCAUGGUCUCCAUCUCCGAGACUCCGGACGAUGCAGCAUCAUCCGUUGUCGGGCCGAACUCAAGCCCAUCGGCCCACCCAGCGCAGGCAGGCGCGCCGGGGCAAGAUGCGGGCGCCAAGGCAGCCCAAAGCAGCGCUGCGUCGCCAAAGUCGGACCGACGCCGCUCUUUUACCCGCCUCUCUUUUCGGCGCAAUUCGCUUGUGACCUCACCCACGAAAACCAUCAUGGUGGACCGCAACCCCACCGCUUCUCGCUCCCGCUCUGCAACCACCAGCGUGGCCUGCCGUUCUGUGGCUCAAUCCCUCGACGCCAACCUCAGUCCCCCACAGUCGCGGCGUAGGCGCAGCAGUUUGCGAAGCCGCCGCUCUUCGGUUGGUGAUGGCGGCAAUGGCAAGGGCUUCCCUGAAAACCUUUUCACCAACCGCCAUCAAGCCGCGAAGAGCAAAACGCUGGCCGUCUCACAAGGUCCGCUGAUCGACACGGAGCUGCGGCCGGAAGAGAGUCGCGUUAGCCCCAGUCCUGCCAUCGAAGAACGCAUUCUUCCUUCCUCCAGCAAUGGUGCUUUGACAACCGCCAGCACGUCCAACGGCUCAAACCGUCGCCCCAGCCUCGAUCCCCUGCGCAGCUCGCCCUUGCGCGAUGGACCCCGAACCGGCUCCCUUCGAUUAACGCCACGCGAGUCACCGAAUCUGCGCCAACAGCAACAAAAACGAGCCAAAAUUCGGUAUCGCGCAGUUGUUGGUCGUUGGAUCCGAUCAAAAUCAACCACUCAGGAAAACGUUGAGCUGGAGGAACUUUGUCAACUCCUCUCUGGCCUAGGCAUUGCUGAUAGUCACGUGCAGACCGUGUUGCGUGAUGUCCUCUUUCCCACUUCGACCGCCGAUGUCGAAGCAGGGACGCCCCCCGUGCCCUUGGCAGUCACGGCAGUAGCUCAACUGCUCAUGGACCACGAGGAGGCCAUCAUGACCCACUCUCGUCGCUUUAGCGAGGACGCCGAUGCAACCAGUCUGGCGGGCGAAUCUAUGUUUGACUUUCAAGGGGACAGUUCUCAUAGCUUGUUGGAGGCCCAACCGGACUUGGCCGAUGCCCGCCGCAUGGUCAAAAUGCUCAAACACGAGAAAAUGGCCACCGAGUUGGCGCACUCCAAUCGCUUGGCGACCCUGAACCGAGAGGUCGAGGCGCUCAAGCUUCGCAAUGCCGAUCUGGAGGCCAAGUUGGAAAUAGCAUCGCAAGCCGGGGCUGAUCCGUUUGCAGUCGACACUGAUCUGAGCGAGAAUCCAGUUUGCACAGCAUCGACAAACACAGACAAGGGCUCACCCAAGCGCAAGCUACCCGUGCGGCGUGGUUCACAGACCUCGCAUCGGCGUCUCUCCAGCCAGUCCACCAGCGAAGGCACAUACUUUAUCAACAUGAUUCCUCUUCCUCCCAAUCCAACAACCGUGCCUGAGGGACCAGUGACGGUGGAGCGGGCCACGUCAAGCACACAGACUGUUGGCGACUUGUCGGAAGCCAUGGGCGCCAUGGAUGCGCUCAGCCAAGACAUACUGCUGGACUUUGCCUCUUCUGCCAACACAAGCGGUGACGUGCUGGAUCGCCUCAGAGCAGCGCACGAGCAGCUCGUGGCCAUGCAAAGCAACGAGGCAGAGUUGGAGCAGCUACAGGACGUUCAUCUACAUGCAGGGUUGAGUCACGUUUCCAAGAUUGUGCGUCAGCAUCCCCGGUUACGCGCAGCUCUCCUGGCAAGUCAGCAACAUAUCCAUACCCUCAAGGAGCAAGUGACGGACCUCAAGCAGGCACUUGACAUGCAACGUCAGACAGCAAAGAGCUCCAUUCAAGUUCUUGAGCAUGGUCUGACCAGCGAGGCAAACGAAAAGUGGUCCAUCCUCAAGUCGCACAUUGACACGCAAAGCGAGGCGCUUGCUUCUCUGAUUGAGAGCACGGCCAGUAUCAAGGCCAAACUUAAUGCAACUCGUGCACGCAACAAAGAAAUGAGUCUGGAGCUCGAGCGGUUUCAAAACAUGACGGAUGUGGAUGUGGACAUGCUGCUGCUGGCACGUCAGCAUUACAUGGAGCUCUGCCGUAAGGGCAUGGUGGUUCUGCAGCAGUUUAAUAGCGUGGCCACCACCUUGGUCUCUGGCAGCUCAAGUGACGUCCAAGUGCCGGUCACAGCGCUGCGCCGCAUUCUGAAAGGCAUCUUUGAAUUUGAGCAACUUUUGGUGCAAAUGCACGUGGAUGAGGCGGACGCUGAAUUGGAAGCGCGACCGACAAUGACGGAGGCUGAAGCCGUGCCCGACAAACUUGAAGGAAUGCCGACACCAUCGGCCAUCCCUGCGCAUCUGGUCAGCCGUGAUUCAGCGUCGCUGUUCAACGCAGAAGCAGAGGAUGCAGACGGUCCUGGCCGAGCCCGCAACCAGAGCAUUUACAGCUUGGCCCAGUCCCCAUCACCGUCGCGGGCCAUCAUGUUUGCUGCGGCACGCUCAAGCCACGAAAACCUUGUUGCUGAUGUAGCAAAUUGCCAGCGCACGACCACCCCAUCCCGGCGCUCCUCGGCAGGCGAUGACUGCGGUGACAGGCUCAUUGCUUUGCAAUAUAACCAGAAGCGGCAACCAUCUUUUCACGAGCGCUUGCACAUGCCGUCCAACUCGGACGAGGGCACCACUGGGGCUGUGGCAGAGGCAGCUGGCUCAGUACCGGGCCGCCGGCGAAGCUCGGACUUGGAAAGUCGGUCAGAUUGGGUUUCCCCCGUACCCAUGGCCAUGUCUUCCAGCGAUCUCGGCUCGCGGCCUAGCACACGCCAUACUUCACGUCGUGGGUCACGGUCAUUUAUGGACAGCACCCCGCGGCGCAAGCGCUCUUCCAUCGGCGUUCACUUCAUGGAUGAUGAUCUGGAUGAGUUUAGCGAUCAUUUCAAGCUUCUCCAAAGCCUUGGUGGCUCUUCAUCGCGCCCCAUCUGGAGUCAGUUGGAGCCGCUUAUUGCGGAGAGCGAUGGUCGGCCGUCCGUGGAUCUGGAUUUGAUGGCGAGCCAGGACAAUGCGAAUGGAAAUGAUCACAACGCCAAGACGCUGGAUACGCCAGACUUCGCGGAUGGCACGGUUGUGAAUGCGUCACAGCUUGAUGAUGGACUCCCUUUUAAUAUUCUCACGGCUGAGGAUGCCUUGCGCAUGGUGGAUGAAACACGCCUCGGCAUUGCGCCGCGCAAGGAGCAUGCACCCAGCUCUGUACAUGAGCAGGUUCUGGCCACUCUGGAUGACAGUGAGUGCCUGGACAUGACGGGCAUCACGGUCGAGGAGCUACGCGAGCUAACGGACACCGUCACUGUUUGA